AUGACACAAUCUAACCAAUCCACUGGACCUAACCAUACCACUGGAACUAACCAAACCACUGGACCUAACCAAGAUACCAACCAUACCACUGAAACCAAUCAGUCCACUGAGCCUAACCAGGAAACUAACCAGUCCACUAAAAGUAACCAGGAGUCUAACGAGGAAACUAAUCAGAUGUCAGAAACUGAAAAUGACGAUGACGAAUUUGAAGUUGAAGAUGUUCUAGACUUCAAAUACGUCAAGGGAAAGCCGAAAUAUUUGAUAAAAUGGAAAGGAUAUCCACCAGAAGAUAACACCUGGGAACCCGAAGAGAACAUGACGCAUUUGCCGGAUUUCGCAAAUAAAAUGAAAACUCUCAGGCAAAAAUACGAUGAACUAAAGUCAAAAAGUCAGACGAAAUCGAGGAGUCAGAAUUCUGACGUUUCCUCUCCGAGGGUUGAUAAGUUUGAGGAGUCUCCGGAGAAAAAGAGAAAGAGAACUGAGGACAAGGCCAGCGAACUCAGUGACAAGGAGAGAAAUUUAAAGUCGAAACCUCAAAAAAAGGUAAAGCAAGAUGAAAAGGAAUCACCGAAAAAAACUCAGGAAAAAAAUAAGCUGAAGGAGACAAGGAGUAAGACUGUGACACACCCGAGCAAGGAGAUAAAAGACCUUAAAUUCACUGAUUUAAACACAAACAGUAAAGAUUCAAAAAAGAGCAAUGACGUUCAUUCCAACUUCCCCGACGAAGCCGUCGAAGUCGAAGAUCUACUCGACUACAAACCCAAAUUCAAACGCGAUUACUAUUUGGUGAGAUGGAAGGGAGACUGGGAGGAUUCGUGGGAGCCGAGGGAGAAUUUACUAAUCCUCGGCGAGCUCACAAAUAAAAUGAACGACCUUAAGAUGAGUUACCUGAGAGUUUACGGUAACUCCGAAAUGGAAAAUGACGUCUUUGUCGUCAUACAAUCAAUCAGAAUCUGCGGUAACGCCACUCUUUCCGCCGUCGUUGUCGAAGUCACCAGGGAUAGUGAGAAGAGAACGUUAUUUCCGUUACAGGAGGUGAGACAGAGAUGGCCUCAGCAGUUACUUGAUUUCCUUCUUUCAAGACUCAGACUCAAAACUUCCUAA